AUGUUUCCUAAUGAUGAAGAAGAGCAGGACCGGCUGGAUAUGCUGCAUCACAUCUUUUUGCUGGUACAGGACGGCCAACUUUAUACAGCCCCGAUCGAAGAUCCGAAACGAGUACUGGACAUGGGAGCUGGCACGGGGAUUUGGGCUUUGCAUUUCGCAGAUCAGUUCCCGGACGCAGAAGUUAUAGGAAUUGACCAUGACCCUAUGCAACCUAAUUGGGUUCCGCCAAACUGCCGGUUCAUAGUCGACAAUCUCGAGGACGAAUGGGCUUAUCCGCCACACCAAAAGUUCGAUUAUAUCCACCAGCGCAGCAUGUGCGGCAGUAUCGCCGACUGGACUCGAUUGUACCAACAAGCCAUGCAGCAUCUCCAACCCGGCGGCUGGCUCGAAAUCCAAGAGUUUGAAGUCUGGUUCUCCUCGCAAAAGCCCGGGGGAUUGCCCGACGACUCUGCUAUCGUCCAAUGGCAAGGUCUGAUCGACGAAGGAAGCACGAAGUUCGGACGGCGUCUCAGCUACGCAGGCUCGUUCCACAAGCAUCUCGAGGAAGCUGGGUUCGAGGACAUUCAAGCUCGACGCUUCAAGACUCCUAUUGGCUCAUGGCCUGCUGAUCGGAAACUGAAGUCGAUUGGCGUAUUUCUCCAAGCACAAAUGAUGGAUGCGCUGGACGCAGUUACCUACGUGUAUUUCACCCGCGCCCUCGGCUGGACCCAAGACGAAACCCGCGUGCUGCUUGCUCAGGUUCGGAAGGAGUUCAGCGAUCGGUCUCUGCAUCUCUAUACGUAUUGCUGGUUUUAUACAGCCCGGAAGCCAAUGAGUAAAACUGGGUAG